AUGAAUAUUAGGACAAGGAAAUCAAAUCAUCGUGCUGCCAAUGAUACAGUAUCAGAGACAGAAUCAUUUGAAGAAUUAUCAUACUUUAUCCCUUUAUUAAAGGAGAAAAAGUCAGCUGUUAGAGUUGGAGCAUUAAAGAAUAUUAUUGAAGUAACUUCAUUUCAACAAAGAACUGAUCAACUUCAUGAAAUUGAAAUUGAUUUAAUUGAUGUAGUAUGUGGAAUAUUAACAACACCAAACAAAGAGGAAGAAGAAUUAAAAUUAGCAAUUCAAGCCAUUGAAUUAUUAUCGAUUCAUACUGGUACACUUAGACAUGACUUUUUCAAGCGUGUCAAGGGAUUCCUUUCACCAAUCAUCACUGACAGUACAGAGUAUCACAGCGUUGUACUCGUGUGUGGUGCCAUUGAAGCACUCUCUGUCACCUGUCUCAUGAAUUGCUCUCAACCAGACUCUUAUGAUCAUACCAUUGAAUUCAUUGCCGAUAUUAUCAGAACCGAAAAGAACAAACAAAUAUUAAACAGUGCUCUCAAAGCUUGGAUUUUAUUAUUAACAAAACUUGAUAAAUCAAAAAUUAAUCAACAUUUAGAAUUAUUAGAUAGAAUUUCAGAAUUACCAUCAUCUGGAAAUAAUGAUCUAAGAAUUACAAGUGCAAUUGCAGUUGCAUUUUUGGUUAGUGAAAUUGAUCCAAGUUCAUUAUCACCAGUUGAAGGUGAUAGUGAUUAUGAAGAUGAUGAUGAAGACUAUGACGAAGAUGAAGAAGAUGAAGAAGAUGAAGGAUCAAGUCAUACUGAUAAUGGUCAUAGUGCACAAGAAUCAAAUAUUCAAGAUGAAGAAGAAGAAGAAGAAGAAGAAGAAGAAUACUCUGAUUCAGAUUCCGAAGAUUAUGAAAAUUAUGAUGGUGAUAAUGAAAUUAUUCAAUUGGUAGAAGAUUUGGUAUUAAAUAGUUCAGAAAAGACAAAGGCCAAGGUUAGAUCAAAUGCACUUCUUCGCAAGGUAUUAAAGACACUCAAGGCUGGUGAUCCACCACGUGAAUAUCUUCAAGUCACCUCAGAGACCUACUUUUUCGAAGGAUGGCGCGCAUACAUCCAACUCCAUCAAUUCAAAAAGGUUCUUCGUAACGGUCUCACCUUCCAAUGGAAUCUCAACAAGGAUCUUCGUUCACUUUUCAAAACUCAAUCAUUCUCUAACCAUGAAAUGGAAAGACAUCGUCGUUCCAUUCAACCAAGUAAAUCAAAACAAAGAACUCAAAGUUUAAAAAAAGAUCGUAGAAAUACUUCUGCUGUUUAUGCUUAUCAUCAUAAUGAUGCAUAA